CUCUCAAUUAGAAGUCUUAGGUUAGGGUUUUCGAUACCGAAGGACAUGUGAUUGCUUCAAUUGAUUCGGGUUUUCACUUUGGGAUUGCAUCAGUCCUUCAAGUGAUUGGAUGGAUCUGGAAACUGAAAACAGAAUAGCUGCUAUUCUCUUGAAAGAAGCGGCUGAACUUAGGCGGCAAGCAGAUAGGGAAGGUGUCCAUAUUUAUUGUCAGCAGCCAAAAGCAAGGGGUCGGUCAAAUUCACGGUUCCUCACUGCAACUGUGCUUGGUGUACAGCAAGCUAAUCGUGCUGUUGAAGUGAAUGAGAUGUGGCGGGUAAGACAAAAGGAGCUGGAGCUAAAUGAUAGGCUAAAAGGAAGAUCAAAAAAUGGUACCAAGCUCAGCAGGAGUUAUGGGGACAGUAGCAACUCCUCCAGAAGGACCAGUGAAAAGCAUGAGACCGAUUUGAGUUCUUCAUCCUCAUCAAGCAAGAUAAUAGCUGAGAGUUCUUAUUUGGGGGAAGAUGAAGGUCUAAGGGAUGAAGAGAUUGAGAAAUUUCUUCAGUCAAGGUUUACCUGCAACCGGCUGGUAAAGCGCGGUCGAGGUUCCGUAGGUUCGAGGAUGGAUGAAACUGGACCUUACCUACCCACAAAUUCCCACUCCCCGGAAAUGUUGUCAACAUACCCUAUUGCGAGGGAACAUCGGGUCACAUUAGGUCCUGAGAAGCCUUCUUCACUGACAUCUGAUGAAUCUUUUUCUGAUGAGGAGCUUCGAGAACAUAGACGGAAGAAAGAGAAGGACCUCUCUAAGAGCUCAGAAAAUAAACAUAGAAGAAAACACAAAUCUAAAGAAAAAUCGAUAGAUAAGAAAAGGAAGAGGGAGGAGAAAAGAAGAAAAUAUCGCUAGUGUAUAAAAGGUUUUACACAAGCUAGUUUUGUCAAUUGAUUUAUGUAACAUUUGGAUCGGUAGUAGCUCUGUAAAAACGGAUUGUUACUUGUUCUAUGAUGAAAAUGAGAGCAUUUGGGAA